AUGGCAACUAAGACAGCCUCCGGCCUCAAUGUGCCAACAGCAAGAAGAAUCCCUGGUCAAGCAGAAGCAGAACGAGCUGCCAAAACUGCCGAAGCAGCUGCACGCGCAUUGAAAGAAGAUGGUCAAUUCAAAGAAGAACAACCUGAUGUUUGGGAAGGUUAUGUUGAAUGGGAAAAAUAUCCUGAAAAGAAACGUCUUGCAGGAGAAUUGAUGAAAGCAACAAAAUUUCCACCUCCACCGGAAUUUCAAUUGGCUCCGGUUCCAAAACGUAAUCCGGUUUUAUACGGUGAUAUUUAUAAAGAUUUCCAUCAUACUGUCGGAAUGGACUCCGUUCCUGAAUAUAGCUGGGGAUGUGUCUUGAAGGAAAAGUCAAAGACUAUGAAUCACGUCCUGGCUUUCCCAUACAAUGGUGAACCCAACCAUUUAGAAUUGUUGAAAGAUCCAGUCACGCCUAACGAUCAUCAUUUCGUCAGAAACCACGGUGGAAUUCCAAAAUGCAUCAAUCCUGACAAGUAUGAAGUCGAAAUUAGUGGAAAGAUCAACAAAAAAGCUUCACUCAAACUCUCUGAUCUCAAAGAUCCUAAACAAUUUCCUCAACGCAAAUUAGCCGUCACUUUGCAAUGCUGUGGAACAAGAAGAAUCGAACAAAUUGCCUUAUAUCCAGGUCACGGUCUUUUGGUCCCCAACGCUCCAUGGCCAGAAGCUGCAAUUGGUAACGCAGUGUACACGGGUGUCUAUCUUCAAGACGUUUUAGAAAAAGCUUGCGGAGGAAUAACAAUCGAUCGUAUGCAAGCACAUGCAGAAUUCAUUUCUGCCGAUACGUAUUUCAAGUAUGAUACACUUUACAAUUAUGCCGUCAGUGUUCCUUAUAGAUUCGUUGAUAAGGAAAAUGUAAUGUUGGCUUGGGAAAUGAACGGUGAGCCCUUGCCCGAAAUCCAUGGCUUCCCAUUACGGGUUGUCGUUCCAGGCGUUAUCGGAGCAAGAUCGGCAAAAUGGUUAACACGUAUCAAUAUCUUGGACGCUCCUUCUUUGGCUCCUGUUCAAUCAAAAGAAUACCUUUAUUACUCCGGUCAAUUUGGCAAACAUAAUACACUUUUCAGCAACGGUUUCAGUAUCGAACGUAUGCCCGUUUCUUCCGCAAUCAUGACACCAAACGAUGGUGAUAUUAUCAUUCAUGAUGGCAAGCUACACCUUGAAGGUUGGGCUUAUUCAGGUGGAGAAAAUUGGGUGGAACGAAUCGAAUGUAGUGUUGACGGUGGUUUCACGUGGUAUGUUGUGCCUGAAGAAAAUAUCUCAAAGAAGCACUACUAUACUUGGCGUUUAUGGAAAUACGACAUUCCUUUGGAUGCUGAAGGCUGGUGUGAAGUACUCGUAAGAGCCUGGGACAGUUCCUGCAACACACAGCCAAUCUCUGUUCGCUCUGUUUGGAAUUGGGAUCUUCACGUGACACAAUCUUGCCAUAAGAUUAAACUCUACAGUGUGAACCGUACUAAGCCUCUUACUGCACAACGUUUGAAAGAAUACGAAGACGCAGGCAUUGAUUUCGCUGCCGAGCCAAUUACUAGACCUGUUCCUUGGCCGUUGGAGGAUAUGGACACGUAUCUGGCAAGAGUUCGCAAGUAUCCCAGAGAACCAGUCGAUUGA